AUGGACCUGAGACCUCUUGCUCGCCCUUUUCUAUCAUGUUUCAUACAGUCGGGAGAAACGGCGUUGUUUUGGCACGACAACUGGACCGGGUUGGGUCCCUUGAUCGAGAUAACCGGAGCAAACGGUCCGCAAGUUUCAGGUAUAGCUUUGUCAAGUGUGGUGUCUCAGGCUAUUUUCGAAGGGGAGUGGACCGUGACGAGAGGCCGUCACAGAGUCAUUCAGUUGCUGCGUGCGUGCCUGCCUGCUCAACCUCCUACACUUAUACAUGGUUCAGACGAUUACUUUUUAUGGAGAACUUCUGCUGAUACUGUACCUAGCCAAUUCUCAGCUUCUAGAACGUGGAAGGCGUUGCAUCCUACACCAGCAACGGUGCCGUGGUAUAGCUCAAUUUGGUUCAAAUCUGGAAUUCCAAAGCACGCUUUCCAUGCUUGGGUCUCGGUCCGAGAAUGUAGGGAACACCAAGAGGAUCAGUUCAGUUCGACCAAACCUAGGGGACAGAUAUCUUCACUUAUGGUUCCAGAACUUUCCAUCAUGACCUGCUUCUCGCUUCAGCUGUUAGCUCCUUGGCCGCCUUCUGUGGAUCUUUCACCCUUUUAG